UCAGACCUAGUUACGUGUUUUUUCGUUCCUAGCCAAGUUUUUAUGAGAAACAGAUAGUUGUAAGAUUGUCAUAGAGAAACUUGCGUAUUGGAGUGAAAUAUAACGGGUUGUGGGUAAUUAAGACAAUGAUAAUAAAAGUUAAUUUUUAAUCUGUUAGUUAAAGUAGCUCUGAAAGAAACCUUACAAUGAGCUAGUUUAAGAGAAGAGAAGGAUAAGACAAGAAUAUGAGUAAAGAACGUAUUUCAUUACUAGGUUUUAUUUCGAUUUUUUUCUAAUUUUGUGAGAGAUUACUUGUUGUUUAGAUAAGUUAAAUAAACACACACAUUAAAUUAUGACGUUUAAUGAUCUUGACAGUUUUUCUACAAAACCAGCUACUGGAGUCCAGGAAACGAUAGAACAAAACAUAGUUUAUCAUCAGGCAUCGCUUCAUCUUUAUACAACUUCCGUUCUACUAAUACAGUAUUGUUUACCAUCUUAACGAGAUUCUCACUUCCGUGGGAUUUUUACCAAAUUAAACCUCAAUGUCUUAAGGCGUGGGGCACGACCUCCACGGCCGACCUAUAAAGCUGUUCUCGCAAAAAUAUUAACCACACUUAACGGAACAGACAAUAAAACAUGGCCGGAGUUCGGAUAUUGCUUUUUGUGAUCGCCUUCGCGGGAUGGAGCCCAGUACUAGCUGAAGAUUUAGGUGUACUGGCAGAGGCGGAUACAGCGGCCAGCGUCGUCAGGGUGCCACGUACACUGCACAAGAAGAAAUUAUGUCGUAAAUAUGGAAUCUGUGAAGGCUAUAACGGCUAUGGUGGCUAUGGAGGGUACGGGGGUCCUGGAGGCUACGGCGCGUACGGAGGCUAUCAGGGCUACCAAGGAUACCAAGGAUACAACGGCCCACAAGAAUACCAACCACCCAUCAACAUUGCUAUAAGCCAGUCACAGUCAUCAGCCAACGAAGGAGCCGGCGGCCAUGGAACUGGAUACUACCCCAACAACUAUCAGUACAAUGGCUACCCAAACCAAGGGUACCAAAAACCAGGGUAUCACAACCAAGGAUACUCUAAUGGGUAUAACAAUGGUUACCAUGGCAACGGGUACAGCAACGGUUACCAUAGCAACGGAUACAAUAAUGGGUACAAUGUCGACGAUGGUUACGCAGGCUACAAGCCGGGAUCUGGGUACAGCGGCCACAGUAACCAGUACAAUGGAAAUUAUUUCUCCAGUAAUUCCAAUGGAGGGUAUGGAUUUAGGAAUCCUAUUGGUUACCAUGACAACGAGGGUCCAGCUGUAUAUGAAGAUAAUGAGGGCUAUGACAAUUAUGGGUAUGCGAGGUCUAGUGCUACUGCGGUAGCUGAGGCAAAGAGUUAAGAAUUUAGAGCCUGAGGGAUAAUUGAGAUGUGUUCUUGUCUAUUUAUAAACAUACCUGACUAAGCAGCAACAAACUUUGAAUUUUUAUCAAGCUGUGCUAUUAAAACUGUCUGUUGAUUGAUAAUUAAAUAGGUAAUUCGUUGAAACAAAAGACGUACUUCAAUAUUCUGUACUGUUUGAAGUUGGAAGAGUUUAUUAAUUGUAAUUUUGUUUCAAUGUCCGAACAAUUUGUAAUUCACACCUCAAACGAGACUAGUAUUACGACACUUGAUUAAAAUGAUGUUUAAAUGAUACCUGUGAUAAAAUAAAAAGUGUUUGGUUAAGAAUAUCGAUUUAUCAUAAACUUGACGAGUGAGUUCAUCUUAAAUAAAAUGGAGCAUUUACGAUCGG